GGUCAAGCAUUCGUCCUGCGCUAGUCUUGAUGAAUGAGGUCGACGGGAUUUGCCGUGCACCAGCGUCGGUGAUUGACGUCCGCAUGACGGAUUUUGCGCACGCACUCUCCUGGGAGAAGCGACCUAUAAGCGUUCGUGAUUGACGUCUGCAUGACAAAUUUUGCUCAUGCACUCCCCGGGACAAUCGAGCUAUGAUGAACUUGCCGUUCACAUCGACGGCCAUCGCUAGCGACGAAGAAUGAAGACGCCAGGUGGGAGGGCUGGCCUACUCAGCCGAUCUCCGCGGCUUUGACGACGGAAACGAUGCUCGCGCGGCAUCGUGGUGCGGCAUGCUGUGGUUACCUUCGUCUUGCCUGAUGAUAUGUCCAUCGAUCCUCAGCUGCUUAUCAAUGAGCCUCAGCACAUGGAAGACUCGGAGAGUAAGGGAAUAAGAAGAGAGGGGGGGAGAGAGAGUGUGUGUGUAUCCGUGUGUGGACGUGCUUGCAUUCAUUGAGUCAUGGAAGAUGUCUGCAGCAAAUCUUGAAGACGAGAUCGGCAAGUCUCCUUGCGCACCGUAUGCGCUUGUCUUGGUCCGGUUACAGUCUUACUGCAGGAUGCUGCAUCUUCCUCGUCGAGCGUCUCAAUGAAACCCCCAGCACACGACAGACACUGAAAUUAAGAGAGAGGGCGGAGGGAUAGUGUGGACCUGACAGUGGUGCUUUUUGUGGGCAGAUACCAAAAUGUCGCCCUACGUAAGGCUUCUUGCACGCGGUGCGGGCUUCUGCUGUUUGUUAUCAUGCUUGCCGGUUCUCCUUCCAUUGAUUGGUAUUGCUGCCAUCGUGUUAGGGGUGAUGGCGCUACCCGUCGGCACCACCGCCGUCGUUCUUCUCUGUGCAUACGAGUUCAAGAGGGAGUGGGACUUGAGCCAAAAGCAGUGGAAGACGGAAUCUAAUGGGUCCAUGUUGGCUGGUGAUGAGGAAGGGAAGACACCAUUCGAGCGGCUCAUCAAACUGUUGCAAUCUGACGCUAAGUUCCGGAGCGGGUUCGUUCCAGGAGGAGCGGCGGCGGAUGAGCCAGAAGUGUCGCUGAAGGGAGCGCCCGAUCUCCCGACUGCUGUCCCACUUCUCUCGCACCCAGAGGCCGACAGUUUGAGUACGGUGGCAGGCGGCCAAAUGGUUCCGACGGUAGACGUUGGCGGACGACUCCUCGAUGCCGAUCAGCAGGCAGAGGAAACGCCGCCGCAGCAGCAGCAGCAGGUACAUAUCCCGAUCCCGAUCUCGAUUCAGAAGACCCAGCGUCAUGCGAAAGAGGGUCCUUCCGACGCGAAGGUCGUCAUGCCCGAUCGAGAAGCGAUGUACUACGGCGCUGGCGAUGCACAAGGUCGGCGGCGGCAGGAUAGGGAGGUGCUGGGCGGACAUGGUACUAGGCCGGAGAUCACCGCCGCGGAGCCAUUCUCGGACCUAAGGAGAACAAGCGAUGAGGUGUCAGUGGAGGAGGUGGCCAGAGACAGGCGCCGUGUGGAAGAAGAAGACAAGGGAGUGGAAGACAAGCACGUACCAGAAGAAGAAGACAAGGGAGUGGAAGACAAGCACGUACCAGGAGAAGAAGACAAGGGAGUCCAAGACAAGCACGUGUACAUACAGGACAGAGUUCAAGACAAGCACGUGGCGAUUGAGGAGGAAAGAGUUGAAGACAAGCACGUGGAGAUGGUGGAGGAGGAGAAGGAGGUGGUUGUGAAGGACGUACCAGAGGAGGAGGUGAAGGUGUUGAUGGAGCAGCAGACCGCGUUCGUCGGCAUUCCAACAACAAACAGUAGGGCGAAGAAGAUGGUGGAAAUGCUACAAAUUCCGGAGACCGUCGACGAGCCUGUCCUUGCUGUCCCUUCUUCUGCGUUUGUGGGAGAGGAGGUGGGUUCCGCUGAGGAGACCUGGACGGCUACCGAUACAGAGAAAGGGGGAAAGGGUGGCACGGGGUUUGAUCGAAUAGCGCCGCUGCCGGACUUCGAGACCGCCAGCGUGAGAGCAGCAUUGGCUGGUCUCGAGGACCCUCUGCGAAAGAAGACGAGGAAAGAGGGGAGACGCUUGGACUACGGCGAUGAGGGCGUGGUCACGCCGUCGCUGCGAGCGCCGCCGCCAACUCCUGUGGUGCCGCCGAGCGUCUUUCAAAGCGCUAGUGAAUACUUCACCGACACGUUGGCCGAAAUAGCGCGGGAAACGGCAGCGUUGGGCGGUAAGAAGAGUGGCCAUGACGAGGUCGUCGACUCAGCGGAAAUGGAGAAGCAGCGAGGACUUCGAGAGGGAUUAAUGUGGAGGGGAACAAAUGGCAUCCCUGCCCAUCCCACGAAGUUGGUCAUCCCAAUGAACGACACGGAACUGGAGACGUCAAAGAAAACUGAGCGGAGGGGAUUUGCCGCCGCAAGUGAAAAGAUAAAGACGUCGGUUAUGGCGGAGCGAAGGGAGGGCAAGGUCGUCAGCGGUGAAGAAGGUGAAGUCCCCGAAUGCUCGAGGGAGAAGCAGCUGGCCGAUGUGGAAGGACGGGAAAGAGUGACCGAAGAACGGACUUCUCCAAGUAAAAAGGCGCCAAAGAAAAGGCGGGGGUUUGGCAGAAUUGCCGCCAUUGUCAUAGCAAUUGCCGCCGUUGCGCUCUUUGCUGCUUCUCGAGCACGGCGAAGAUGAUAGCGUAGGAGAGACGUGCGCCGAUGUACGAUGUAGUGUAGUUACCGCGGCCGAAUAUAAGUAAGAGGACGUUCGCACGACGGCGAUAGCGUAGGAGAGAUGUGCGCCGAUGUACGAUGUAGUGUAGUUACCGCGGCCGAACAUAAGUAAGAGGACGUUCGCACGACGGCGCUUUCCUGGACGUAUCUAACCGGACGGAGUUACAGUCAGUCCUGGAACGUAUCUGGCCGCAAUUAUGUCGAGUUACACAGUCAGUCCUGGAACGUAUCUGGCCGCAAUUAUGUCGAGUUACACAGUCAGUCCGGGAACGUAUCUGGCCGCAAUUAUGUCGCUUGGCCACACGCGAGAACUGACUUGUCAACCGACUACCGCCGGUAGCGGGACCUCACUCUCGGCGACAUCCCGCCCACGCAUCUGGGCGCGUGUUUGAAACGGCGACUGUGACUGUACGGCCCUCGCUGCGUCACUUGCGAAAUGCGAGAAGUGGCGGGUGCGUUGCUCUAAAUUUAGCGUUAAGUUCUUGUCUUUAACCAUUUGUUCAUAACCGCUCCGUGCUUAACAGCUCUUGAGAAAGAUUAUAAGACCCCGCUUAGCGAUGUGAGUUUAACUAAGUGGCAGCAUAGCAAGCGAUUCGCAUUUUGUCCGAAUUUCUGCAUAGUACCCAUUGAAGUAGCUUGGAAGCCAGAGUGAAACUAAAUGAGUGACCUGUAGAAAGACCUGUAAUUGUGGUUGUAGACUUGUAGUCUGCAUCAGCAGUGAAGUAGCCCAACUAAUUGACAGCGACUCACAUAGCGAGUGAGCAACGCUUCGAGCACAUCUCUGCAUAUGCAUUUAACUAACUCAGAAGCCAGAGUGAAACUAAGUGAGUGACCUUUAGAAAGACCUCAGCUGUUAUUGAGGUUGCACUAGAACUGUAUGUCUGCAUCAGCAUUGAAGUAGAGGGCUGAAAAUAUGGCUCGCUAAGACAUGGCUGAGACUAGCUUGUCUUUUGCCUUCAUUUUUCGUUUCUCAUUUUUCGUUUCUGUUUUUUUUUUUUAUCGAACUGACAGACGAGAGAGCAGAACCAAGUGACUGACCUGUAGAAAGAGAUGCAGUUGAGGUUGAAUUAGAAUAGUCGUAGGGGAAUUGUUUGUUUCUAGAAAGAGCAUGCAUCCAUAUUGAAGCCGAGAACUG